UCUUUCAAUUUCCAAAAAUGUUGUUACAAGUAAUAUUUGCGUUGUCUUUGGUUUCAACGUACAAUGCUGGUGUCUUUUCUUUUGAUUCAUCGUCUCCUUCUUUAAAUCACAGAAAACAGUUACAUUCAGUAGAAGAAGAAGUAGAGUCGCUCUUGAAAUGGAAAUCAACCCUAGGUAACCAACCCCAUUCUUACCUCCACUCCUGGAAAAGAAGUUCAGUUGCAAAUACAACGAGUCCAUGCAAGUGGUUCGGAAUCACUUGCAACAACGAGGGAAGCGUCACUGAAUUGAAUUUAACUAAUUCAAAUUUACAAGGUACACUUCAAAGUUUUAACUUCUCAUCUUUUGCGAACUGUGUCAGUCUUGACUUGAGCAACAAUAAACUCUCUGGAUCCAUUCCCUCUCAAAUCGGUAGUCUUUCAAAACUUACCCACUUUGAUCUAUCCAUGAAUAAGUUUUCCGGACAUAUUCCACUAGAAAUUGAAUUCCUCACAAAUAUGAGUUUGUUAGACCUUUCUCAAAAUCAGAUAACUGGUUCAAUUCCUGCUUCUAUAUGCAAUCUGAACAACCUAACCCCUCUAUAUCUUGAUGAAAAUAAAUUGUCUGGUUACAUUCCUCAAGAUAUCGGAAAGAUGAUAUCUCUUACUGAGCUUGCAUUUUCCAUAAACUAUCUCAUUGGUCAAAUCCCUACUUCUAUUUGUAACCUUAGCAACCUAAAUACUUUAUAUCUUCAUACAAAUAAACUGUCUGGUUAUAUUCCUCGAGAAAUCGGAAAGCUAAAGUCUCUUAUUAACUUGGAAUUGUCAAAAAACAAUCUUAUUGGUCAAAUCCCUACUUCUAUAGGUAACCUUAGCAACCUAAAUAUUUUGCACCUUUAUGAAAAUAAGUUGUCUGGUUUUAUUCCUCUAGAAAUCGGAAAGCUAAAGUCUCUCAUUGACUUGGAGUUGAGCACAAACAAUCUCAACGGCCCGAUCCUCGCAUCAAUAUGUAACCUUAGCAACCUAAAUAUUUUGUACCUUUAUGAAAAUAAGUUAUCUGGUUUUAUUCCUCUAGAAAUCGGAAAGCUAAAGUCUCUCAUUGACUUGGAGUUGAGCACAAACAAUCUCAACGGUCCGAUCCCCGCAUCAAUAUGUAACCUUAGCAACCUAAAUACUUUAUACCUUCAUACAAAUAAGUUGUCUGGUUAUAUUCCUCUAGAAAUCGGAAAGCUAAAGUCUUUCAUUGACUUGGCGUUGAGCAGAAACAAUCUCAACGGUCCGAUCCCCGCAACAAUAUGUAACCUUAGCAACCUAAAUGCUUUGUACCUUUAUGAAAAUAAGUUGUCUGGUUAUAUUCCUCUAGAAAUGGGAAAGCUAAAGUCUCUUGUUACUUUGGAGUUGAACAUAAACAAUCUCAAUGGUCCAAUUCCAGCUUCUAUUGGUAAUCUUGGGCAACUAACCACUUUAGUUCUUGGUGACAAUAAACUCUCCGGAAAUAUUCCACUCAAAAUUGGAAGACUAAAGUCUCUUACAAGCUUAUAUUUGUACGGUAAUUAUCUCAUUGGUCAAGUUUUUGUUCCUUUAUGCAAUUUGACUAAUCUAAGAAAUUUGAGCAUUUCCGAGAAUCAUUUCUAUGGUAUCAUUCCUCAAGAUAUUGGAAGUCUACAUUCUCUUACUGAAUUAGAGAUAUCAACAAAUAGUUUCCAUGGUCGAAUCCCUAUUUCUUUAGGUAAUUUGAGCAACUUGAACUCUCUGGUCCUUUUUGAAAAUCAACUUUCUGGUCCAAUUCCUCAAGAAAUCGGAUGGUUAAGAUUUCUUACUCGAUUACAACUGAGCAAAAACAAUCUAACCGGUUCAAUUCCUACUUCUUUAUGUAAUUUAAGCAACCUAAACACCUUGUACCUUUAUAAAAAUCAACUUUCCGGUUCAAUUCCAGAAGAAAUCUGGAAACUAAAUUCUCUCAUGCAAAUUGAAUUGUCGAGAAACUAUCUGACUGGUCCAAUCCCUUCUUCUAUAUGCAAUCUUAGCAAACUUAACAGAUUGUACGUUCAGGAGAAUCAGUUAUCUGGCACCAUUCCUCUUGACAUUGCAAGGCUAAGCUCUCUUUCUGAAUUUGGAAUACACAAAAACAAUCUCAUUGGUCAAAUCCCUGCUUGUUUAUGUAAUUCGACAGUCGGAAUGCUACAGCAUCUGUAUCUAUCUGAGAAUCAGCUUACUGGACCAAUACCCAAACAACUUGGAGAAUGUCCAGACUUACUCGAACUGGAUUUGAGUAGAAACAGUUUGAACGGAAGCAUUCCACUUGAGAUUGGAGGCUUGAUUUCAAUACAGAUCGAUCCUAUUGGAUCUCAGUCAAAAUGAGUUGAGUGGAGAAAUACCG